AUGAGUCAACAACAACAAGUUUCAUACCCUCCUGACUACCCCACUCAACCGGACAUGACAAUUCAACAACAAGUGGAUGAAGUGAUAGACACAUUCAGGUUCAAACCUUUCCAUGAGGCUGAAAAGUGUUAUCAAUGCUUCAUGUCCACUCACUCAGCAUUCCAACACCCAGAGUCAGACACUGACCUAAUGUAUGCUCUGCAGCAACUGGAGAGGGAACGAGAUCGUGAAAUGACAAUUCUACUGACCGAUUACGUCCUGUCAACCGUGCUGGAUGAGGCAAUGGGCAAUUUUGACUGGUCCUUUUUUGACGGUGUUCAGACAACUGAAGGUGGAGACAUUGACAAGUACUUCACAGAGAUACAAAGAAAGCAAGCGUUCACAGGUACAAGGCAAGAGUUUGCUCAAGAUCUGUUCAAAAAGACAAUUCAAUGGAAGGCAAACUACUAUUAUUCACAAGAGAACCAGACAGAGGAUAAGUCUAAAGCAGCUGAUAGGGAGAAAAUUCGCGACUGA